AUGGGUAUUGGAACUAUCGCACAAGCUACCCAGAACGAUCCAACCCUCAAAAAGAUUGCAACACUCGUCAACCAGGGGUUAACCUGGAUCGAAAAAACAGAGUCGAAAGAAAUCCAACGUUUCCAGAAAGUACUUCCAGAGAUUACGAUGACCGCAAAUGGUAUUAUUCUGAAAGGCGAAAAGAUCGUACUUCCAAGUAACCUCCAAGAUACAGCCAUCCGACUGGCACACAGAGGAACUCAUCCUGGCCAAAGUGGACUUGAACGACGACUCAGAUAUCAUUUUUUCUUCCACAAUAUGAGUAAGAAAAUAGAAGAAUUCGUCAAAUCAUGCAACCUUUCCAGUAUGUUCAUCGACAAAAAGACAAAAGAACCCAUCAUACCACGUACACCGGGUUAUGAAACCACCCGAGAAAUGCUGGGAUACUGUAUCAGUCGACCUAUUUGGCCCGAUGCCAACAUCUAAACACGUGGUCGUCGUACAAGACUUAGCAUCACGAUUUCCAGCAGCGAAACUGGUUAUAUCGACAAAGGCAGACAAAGUUUUACCAGCUCUCAGCGAAAUUUAUGCAACGUACGGAAACCCCGAGGUCCAAAUUUCCGAUAACGGGCCUCCCUUCAACAGCGCUCAGAUGCACGACUUCGCAACGAGCAAGUCCAUCAAAUUACAGAAGGCUCCACCACUUCACCCAUCCUCCAAUCCAGUUGAAACGUUUAUGCGUCCUUUGGGAAAGGCCAUGAAAAUUGCAUAUCAAACCAGGGCUCCUGAAAAAGAAACAUUGGAGAUAACACUAAACAACUAUAGACAUACACCUCACCAAGCAACGGGUAUCCCUCCAGCAGCCAUGAUGUUCCGAGAUGGACAGCGCUACGACUUUCCAAGAACAUACGCAACCGAAGAAGACGUAAGAAGAGCUCGGGAAGCAGACAAACAAAAGAAAACUGAUAACGAAGAAAAAAUAAACUCUUCUAAAUACAGGAAGAAAUCAAAUUUCAACAUUGGUGACAAGAUUCGUGUUAGAAAUUACCAAAAAUCGAGGAAGUUUGAUCCCGUUUUCCUCGGUGAACCAUUCAAAAUCAUCGACAUCAAUGACGAAGGAAACAAACUCAUUGUCGAACAUCAAGAAAACGGGUUUUCGUUGUGCCGUCACCCAGAUGACGUCAAACCAUUUAUAGAACCAAACUAUAUCGAAGUCGAAGAUGUUCAGUGGCCAGUAGGAGAUGAAGGAGACGUGGCGGAAGAUCUCGGGGUUGCGAAAAGCGGAGAAACUGCACCAACACUGAGACGUAGCGAGCGGAAAAAGACCCCCAAUCCAAGAUACAUUUAGAUACGUAUCAUGAAACUAUUCAUGAAAACUGAUAUAAACAUGGGGAUGAUGAACCGAUAUACUUUAUUAUUAUUAUUUAUAUUAUGUUGAACAGUUUAAGUUAGGAUUAAUAAGGACACUUAGGAUUAGUCACGGACAGUAGAUACAUUGAGGGAUACUGUGGGAUAAAGUAGGAUAUGGAGAGAGACAAGAUGGCGGCGUAAACAAAAUGUAAGCUAUUUCGAAAAGACAAAAUUAUA